AUGAGCAAAGUCAGCGAAGCAGUGAAGCGGGCCAGGGCCGCCUUCAGCUCCGGCAGGACGCGCCCCUUGCAGUUCCGUGUGCAGCAGCUGGAGGCGCUACGGCGUAUGAUCAAGGACUGUGAAAAGGACAUCGCGGGGGCAUUGGCCGCGGACCUCAGUAAGAAUGAAUGGAAUAGCUAUUAUGAAGAGGUGGUAUAUGUCCUGGAGGAGAUUGAUUACAUGAUCAAGAAUCUCCCCAAGUGGGCCGAGGAUGAACCUGUGGAGAAGACUUCUAAGACCCAGCAGGACGAGUCCUACAUCCACUCAGAACCUCUGGGCGUGGUCCUUAUCAUCGGCACCUGGAACUAUCCCUUCAACUUGACCAUCCAGCCCAUGGUGGGCGCCGUUGCUGCAGGGAAUGCUGUGGUUCUCAAGCCCUCGGAACUGAGUGAGAAUGUUGCAAGCCUGCUGGGCACCAUCAUCCCUCGGUACCUGGACAAGGAUCUGUAUCCAGUGAUCAAUGGAGGUGUCCCUGAGACCACAGAGCUGCUCAAGGAAAGAUUUGACCACAUCUUGUACACAGGUAGCACAGGUGUGGGGAAGAUUGUUAUGGCGGCGGCUGCCAAGCACUUGACCCCUGUGACACUAGAGCUGGGCGGAAAGAGCCCAUGCUAUGUGGACAAGGACUGUGACCUGGACAUUGCCUGCAGGCGCAUCACCUGGGGGAAGUUCAUGAACAGUGGCCAGACUUGUGUGGCCCCGGACUAUAUCCUGUGUCACCCCACUAUCCAAGGCCAAAUUGUGGAAAAGCUCAAAAAGUGCUUGAAAGAAUUCUAUGGGGAAGACGCCCAGAAGUCCAGUGACUAUGGGAGGAUCAUCAACUCCCGCCACUUCCAAAGGGUCAUGGGUUUGAUAGAGGGCCAGAAAGUUGCCCAUGGUGGCACCGGGGAUGCGGCUGCCCACUACAUAGCCCCAACCAUCCUCAUAGAUGUGGAUCCCCAGUCUCCAGUGAUGCAGGAAGAGAUAUUCGGACCAGUGUUGCCCAUUGUGUGUGUGGGUAGUCUGGAUGAAGCCAUCCAAUUUGUCAACCAUCGUGAAAAGCCCCUGGCUCUCUAUGUAUUCUCCCGCAACAACCAGGUAAUUAAGAAGAUGAUUGCAGAGACUUCUAGCGGUGGGGUGACUGCCAAUGAUGUCAUCGUCCAUAUCACUGUGCACUCGCUGCCCUUUGGGGGUGUGGGGCACAGUGGCAUGGGAUCCUACCAUGGCAAGAAGAGCUUCGAGACCUUCUCCCACCGCCGCUCUUGCCUGGUGAGGUCUCUGUUGAAUGAUGAGGCGCAGAAAGCCAGAUACCCACCAAGCCCAUCCAAGGUGAGAGAUGGGGUGAUGAUUAAGUGGGGCUUUCUGCUGGAGAACGCUGCUGAGGAAGCAUCGCAAAAGAGUAUAUUCCCACCGCCGCCAUGUCGAAGUCAGAGUCUCCUAAAGAGCCACUUCAAGACGACGGAUGAAAGUAUGAGGAGCCAUUUUGAGCAAUGGGGGACGCUCAUGGACUGUGUGGUAAUGAGAAAUCCAAAUACCAAGCGCUCCAGAGGCUUUGGCUUUGUCACAUACUCAACUGUGGAAGAGGUGGAUGCAGCCAUGAAUGCAAGGCCCCACAAGGUAGAUGGAAGGGUGGUGGAAGCCAAGAGGGCUGUCUCCAGAGAAGAUUCUCAAAGACCAGGUGCCCACUUAACUGUGAAAAAGAUCUUUGUUGGUGGAAUUAAAGAAGACACUGAAGAACAUCACUUAAGAGAUUAUUUUGAGCAGUACGGGAAAAUUGAAGUGAUUGAAAUCAUGACUGAGCGAGGCAGUGGCAAGAAAAGGGGCUUUGCUUUUGUAACUUUUGAUGACCAUGAUUCUGUAGAUAAAAUCGUUAUUCAGAAAUACCAUACUGUGAAUGGUCACAAUUGUGAAGUGAGGAAAGCCCUGUCAAAGCAAGAGAUGGCCAGUGCCUCUUCCAGCCAGAGAGCUCGAAGUGGUUCUGGAAACUUUGGUGGUGGCCGUGGAGGUGGUUUUGGUGGGAAUUACAACUUUGGUCGAGGAGGAAACUUCAGUGGAUGAGGUGGCUUUGGUGGCAGUCGUGGCGGUGGAGGAUAUGGAGGCAGUGGAGAUGGUUAUAAUGGAUUUGGUAAUGAUGGAAGCAACUUUGGAGGUGGUGGAAACUACAAUGAUUUUGGCAAUGACAACAAUCAAUCUUCAAAUUUUGGACCCAUGAAGGGAGGAAAUUUUGGAGGCAGAAGCUCUGGCCCUUACGGUGGUGGUGGCCAAUAUUUUGCCAAACCACGAAACCAAGGUGGCUAUGGUGGUUCAAGUAGCAGCAGCAGCUAUGGCAGUGGCAGACGGUUUUAG